GACAACUAUGGCAGCCAAUUCGAUAGACUUAGUGUAGUAAUAAUUUGAAAUCGAGUAACUUAGAGUACAGCGUAAAAUCUUCUAAAAAAUAAUUAUAAGAAACGUGAAUAUUUCCAUCAACAGCAAUAAUUAUAUUUCAAUAUCAAGAAGAAUAUAUAUUUGCAUAUAAAUAUUUUAUAUCAAAUAUAAAUUGAAGAAAAUGGCGCAAACUGUUGGAGCAACUGAACCACGCAAGGAAGUGACUGGACUGCAUCGCAUGACUCAGAAAGGAUUGCGAGAUCUGUGCAAGAAGGACAAGCUAUAUCAGACACCUCGUCUCAAUGAUGUGCUUUACUUGCAUUAUCAAGGCUAUCAAUAUAUUGAGUGCUUGGAGGAGUAUACGGAACUCAAGUGCCUAUGGCUUGAAUGUAAUGCUAUAUCUGAGAUUGAAGGCCUCGAAAACCAGUCGAAGCUUAAAUGCCUAUUUCUGCAGAAUAAUCUCGUUAAACGCAUUGAUAAUUUACGCUCAUGUCCGGAGCUGGAUACUCUCAAUCUUAGCUCCAACCAUAUUCGUAAGAUUGAGAAUAUUGGUUCGGAUAUCUUGCCGGUGUUGAAUACUCUUAAUAUAUCAUCAAACUAUUUGAAGGAUAGCGAUAGUCUAGCUCACUUGGUGCAAUGCAAGACUCUGGCUGUAUUGGAUCUGUCUAACAAUCGCAUAGAAGAUAUUCUGGUGGUCAAGAUAUUCGAGCAGAUGCCUUGCCUUAAAGUCUUGGUAUUGCAAGGGAAUCCGGUAGUUUCGCGCUUACCGCAGUAUCGUAAAACCUUGAUUUUGGCUUGCAAAUUGCUAACCUAUUUGGAUAGUCGACCCGUUUUUCCACGAGAUCGAGCUUGUGCUGAGGCUUGGAAAAAAGAUGGUUACGAAGGCGAGCGUCGGGAGCAAACUCGAUGGAUUCGCGCAGAGCGUAAAAAAAUGCGAGACAGCGUUAACUACACAAUUGCGUUACGUAAUCGUCAUCGCCCACCAGACCAGCAGGAUGCUCUGAUUACCUCAACAGAUUCAGAAUCGGAGCAGGAAGCAGACAAACGAGCUGAGAUUUCGCGAAUUAAAGCAGAUGUAGAGAAUGGAUCCGUCGAUGAUGUUUGGCGCGAAGUGGAGGGUAAUGAGAGCUCCGGUAACUCCAGUCUUGAAGACGACCCACAGUCUGAAGCUAUAGAUAAACCAAAGAGCAAACGUAGACCCUUGGAGGGGCGUCCCAAAAUUCUUGACGAAUCACAACUGCCAGAAAAUCAAGAGAAAGAUGAAAAGGAGUUGGAUCAACAGAGAGGCAGGCGGGUUCUCAUAGAGGAAAUGAAGCUAGAAAGUCUGAAUAUUGAAGCAAAGAGUGUUGAAAUGGAAAUUAAUGCAGACGAUAAAGAUGAAAAGACUCUUAAUGAUAAAGUAGACGAGUAUAAGGUUAAAGACGAUGUUCUUCAAGAGUUACCAGAACUUAUUUCUGAGAAAGUUAUCCAGAAGGAAGAGUCUUUACAACCCGGCAAUGUGGUGCUUUCCAAUGAUAUGGAGGUUUCUUUCAAGAAAUUAAUUCAAGAUCAUGAAAUACAGCAGGUAAAUGACUGUCCGCAGAAGGCUAUACAUGAAAAUGUUGUAAUUUCUGGCGUUGUGGAUGAUCAGUCGAAGGUCGAAGAUGACAAAAAUAUGAUUGUAAUUCAGAAAAUACCAGAAUUAAUUCAAGUGAAAGAAAUUAAUGAGGACAUUCAGAGUAAAGAUGAUGAUAGUAAGGACUCUGUUCAAGAAGUUAUACAAACCAAUGAUUUGAUAUCGACUGAGGAGAAGCUUAAGGAGGUCGAGGAUGACAAGAAUAUCGCUACAAUUAAGGAAUUACCAGAAUUAAUUCAAGAACAAGACAUUGGACAGGACAUACAAUUUAACAACGACGAUGCUAUAAAAGAAUCUCCUCAUGAAAUGUUGCCGGAGUUUAUUCCUGAAAAUGAUAGUGGGCAGAUUGUGUUAGAGACAGAUAAUAAGAUUCCAGAUGAGGAAGAGAGGGUUACAGUUAAGGGAGAGGAAACUGCAAAUGAAAGUUUGCAACUUAAACAAUUACCAGAACAAGAUACUGACUCUGAAUUGGGAUACGCUACAGAUAUGGAACAAUCGACCCAAGCCCUAGCCGAUGUAGUCAAUAAUAGAGGCUCUCCAACACCUAUGGAAAUCAAACAAAAAUGUGUUGAUCAAAUGUAUGAACACUAUGGCUCUGAGAUAUUUGUAAAUCAACCUGAAUCUAUUGACGAAAUGUUGGAAGGGGAAACAUUUGACUAUGAAAUGGAUCUAAAAGUUUGCUGCGUGGAACCACGAAAGGUCAAAGACACCGAAGAGGAAGAGGAUGAGGAUAUUAUCAUUCCUAAAACACAACAACAAUUAGAUUAUGAGGAAGAGUGUGCAGAGGCGAAUGAAAAGGUUGAACACGAUAUGCAAGAGCUAAGUGAUAAUCUAGAUGAAGACUUGAAUGAAAUAAUACAGUCCAUGAAACAAUUGCAUGCGGAACAUGAAGACCUGAGAUCGGAGUUCAUUUAUGAUGAAGAUGGUGAAGAAGCAGAGGAGGAGACGAAGAUGGAUCCAAACAAAUGUGUAGAGCUGACAACUGUGGUUCGCUCGUUACGUAUUAUCGAAGAGUUCUCAGUACGUCGAGAGCGCAUUUCUGAAGAUCAGAAAAAGCAUCAAACCACCACGGAGCUAAAAUACGCCAUGGAAGAGGCAAGGUCUGAAGAGCUGGAACAAGUUGCAGAAUCGAAUGAACAAGUUAGUAAUGAGAUAGAUGAGCUAGACUAUGCUUUCGCCAAGGCUCUGGAUGAUGCUUCAGAUGAUGUGCCCAAACGUGUCUUUGGUGCUGGCUGUGAUGCGCCAAGUUAUAAAUGGCAACGUGAGGAAUGCAUGCGUCAAUUGAAAAUUAGAGAAGUGCACACGGAAUUAAUUGACGAAGAUGUCUAUCAGGUGAAACCUCUAACCAAUCGCACAAGUGCUGAAGAGGCUGAGAGAAUUUGUGAAGAGAUGAAUAAGAAACUGGCUGCUGAUGAAGAAUCACUUCGAGAGCUACUGGAACAGUUGGAGGAUGAGAUUGAUGUUUGUCAUGAUAUUGAUGACACUCUAGGAAAUGACAUUAAUUUUGCCAAACUGCCAGAACCUGAAAUCUCUGUAGUUUGCCGAGCGCUGCUGGAUGAAUUAAUUGAUGAACUGCAGUAUCGUGAAAUAAUCAAUGGGCAAAAUAUCAAAUGCAUUGAUUUUGGACUUAUUGAAUCGGAUGAGGAGUACAGCUAUUCUGCGGAUCCCAAAGUGGAGCCGAUAGUACCGAUUGAUUUGCAAGAUCCGGCCUCUGGCAAAUCUUUAAGAGAAUGCGUAGACGCAUUUGGAGACUUUCUCAGCUCAGUGAAAGAGCGCAAGCAUAUCAAAGCAACUCAAAGCUCUGAAAAAGUCCAAGCUGCAAAGAAGCUUUUAAAGUCGAGGAUGUUACCUGAUGUGCCCCCUGAAGAAUUGGACGCUGUUCUCGCGAAACAGGAGGAGAAAACAAAGCGUCGCGUUUCGGAAAUGGCAUCGCGUUGCUACGCCAAACGUGACAGCUAUGAGGAUACUCUCGAGGUUAUCGACAAUCGCCUAAUGAUUGUGAAGAAGGAUACGGGAGAAAUGCAAGAGCUGCCGCCACCUCCGGCUCUAAUCAGCGACAGUGAAUCCGAGAGUGAUGCAUCCGACGAUGAGGACGUCUAUGAUACUGCUGACGAUGAGCCCCUUCAAAUUGGUCAGAAUGAGGAUGCCAAUUCUCGAAGAAAUUGGGCAAAGCCGUGCCUGUUUGAGCCAAGGGAACAACAAGAAGAGAAUAGUGAAUUUUCAGUAGAAGAUGCAAAAGAUGAUGAGCCAGAGCAAUCUUUGGAUCAAUUUUACUCCCUCGAAGCUAGGUCUGCAUUUAACUCAUUGGACUCCGAGUUUUUGGAAAAACUUGAUUUAAAUAAAGUGAUUGGAAGCGAUGGAGAAAUAACUGUGGAAGGAAUGAAUGAUUACAUGAACAUGCAGAAAUUGUCAGAUCCUCCGCUAAGGGAAACCCCAUUGACUUUAGAAAAAGAGGAUGAAAUGUUGCGAAAUUUGAUCGAUCGCAAAAAGGCGCAGGAGGAACGGGAGCGUAAAUUACAAGAGUUGGAGAAUGCAUCGGAUUUGAAUACGCGGCUAAGAUUCAAGAUAGGUGAAGACAAUAAUUUGUCUGAUCUAAAUGAACCCAACAAAUUGGAACAUCAGUUGCUGACCAAGUUUGAGACAUUGAUGGGACAACACACACAGGAACCCCAGAUGAAAGGUGCAUCCAAUGUUGAAUUGAGUGGUGAAGUCGAUAAGAACCCGAUAGACUCUAGGGAACUUAAAUGGGAGCAGGAGAAACGACAAUAUCAGUUGCGAGAGCUUUCGAAUCCAGAUGAUAUGGGUCCAAUCAAGUUAACACUGGGAUCGUGCACCUUAUACGAACGAAAAAGUCAAAUAAAAGAUCCGCCGGUCGAGGAUAACGAGGGUGAAGCUCUAGAGCAAACCAUUCUCAAGAAUGAUUCAGAAACUGAAGUUAAGGACGAAGUCAAAAUAAAUAAAGAAAAUUAUACUGCGGAUAUAAAUGGAGGUAAACCUGACGAGAAAGCCCAGGGUAAUUCAGAAGAAAUCACGACUCACUUUCUCAGCGCCAGCAUUGAUGAUGAUAUUCUUUCGGAUACUUCAACUGACUAUGAAUCUGGAGAAGAAAUACCUGUCGUGGAGCCCCCCAAGUUACCGAAGGGUGCUCUCAAUGAGUUAAUUACCACACAAUUUGAAGACGGCUUGAAGCGAGAGCGUGAGUCCGAGGAGGCUUUGCGUAAGGAGCUCUUUAGUCUGCCCCUCAGGGCUUGGGCUUCUCGAGAAAAAGAUCUCAAUGUGAGCAAGACUACAGAAGAGCCUGAUACUGGGAAACAGAAUACAAAUGAAGUGACCAUUAUGCCGGAUAAACAGUGCGCAGAGACUAAAGAUGAUCAAAGCGUAUCGGAUUCAGAUACUGAGACAGAAGGCGCUUUCGGAGAGCUCGCACACAAUGCCAAGGUACAGUGGGCUAAGAUAUCGAAGAGAUUGAGUAGUUUUAUCGAUUCUGAUGAUAUGAAAUUGCUGAAUGAUAAAGAGUUUGAUGAUGAUAGUAAUGACGACGAUGAGGAUGAACUGAUGGAGGACUUGGCCACUCUACACGAAUAUGACGAAGAUAUUUUUGAAGAAUGUGUAUCUCAAUUAGAUAAUUCCCAAUCUGAAACAGAAUGUAAAACCAUGGACAUUAUGCAAAAUUCCAUCAUUAAUAAUUCUACUGAGGAUGAUCAAUUGGGGACCAAAGACGAAGGUGAACCGCAAUUACCAACAGAAUUAAAGCCCAAAGUAAGCACCGAGACUGCUGAUGAAAACAACGCCAAGGAAACAAAUAAUUCACAAUCGGAGCAACCUUCCAAUGCGAAACCCACUAUAAGACUGGAAUAUUUUGAGGCCGUCGAGCCAGAUAAGCAAUCGGCCGAGUUUGAUGACACUGGUGAACUAAAGACAGAGGAGAUAGAAUGUAAUCUGGAGAUCCUCAACGAUGAUGGAAACGCUGUCGUAAAGGAGAUAAAUGUUAACGCACAAGUUACCUACGAAUUUCAAUAGUAUAUGUAUAUUUAGUAUUUCGAAUUUAGUCAAUUAUUUCAAAACAGUUUGAGUGAUUAAUUUAUUUGUAUAUGCAAAGUUAAUUGCUGAACAUUUUCAAAAUCCAUAAUACAUCGCACCUUGCCACGUGUAGAGCCAUCGUCGGUUGGCCCCUCGUUGAUAACAAAGUUCAGAAACGAAACUGGUUCGAACUCGAUUCGAAUGUGUUUCGAGUUAGAAAGCAAAGCAAUUAAUAAAAAAGGCAACGAUGAAAACACUUGAGUAAAGCCAUAUAUAUUAUUUAUAA